CCAGGUGGAGACUUUUAAGUACCAAAAGCCCAAACCAUAAGGUUAAAAGUUGAUCAAUCCAGCUAAAUAGAAAAUCAGGAUUUCUAGUCCAAGAGCACUGUAUAACCAAAGGAAAAAGUGAGCCCUAGAUAUGAGUAGAAGCCACAGGUAGGGCCAUCAGGGACUGGAGAGUCACAAACAAAGAGAUGCCUCCGUCCUAGGCAUGCUGGCAAAAAUUAAGCAUUUGGAAGCAUUCUAGUAGUCUUAAGCUGGAGGAUCACAAGUUUGAAUCCAACCUAAACAACUUAGCGACCUAAGGAGACCUUCUAAAAAACCAGUCUGGGUGAUGUAGUGAAGGCCAAGGGUUCAGUUCCCAAUGCUAAAGAGGGAGGAAGGGUGUGGGGACAGCAAACCACCAGCAGUGAAGCCAGCAGCUUGGCAGCUACUCUGGAGUGCUGUCCAGCAGCUCACAGAGAGACUAUUCAGCUUCAAGAGCAACAAGACAUCUUGCUCUCUCACCUUCUGGUAAAGUCCAGGAAGGCAUCCCACGUGCAAGAGUCCUCCCGCGUGUCCCUGGAAUUCAGGAAGGUUACAGGUCUCCUUAGGAAGCCACACCCCUAUGUUGUCCUGCGAAGCCUCUACCAGCCCCAGCCCGCCUGGCCCUUUAAGGCAGACUUAGCGGGCCCCAAGACCGAGUGACGCGAGGUUGGGGUGUCACGUGGGCCGGGCCGGGCGGCGAGACUCGGCCCAGGGCGCCCGGCCGCCCGCCUGCUCCGCUCCCGCGCCUGCUGCCUCGACCCCUUGCUCCGCGCGCUGCCAGGUGCGUCCUCGCCAAGUGUCCGGGACACGCCAGGCUGGGUGCGCUUCUGAGCGCCCCGCGCUGGCCAUGGAUGGCCAGACCGCAAAGGAGCAGGGCGGCCCUGCCCUCCCACCUGGGGCCCUCGGCGAAUCCGGCGUGGGCAGUGCUCUGGCCCUCGGGGUUCGGCGGGAGCCCAAGAAGUACGCCGUGACCGAUGACUACCAGUUGUCCAAGCAGGUACUGGGUCUGGGUGUCAACGGCAAGGUGCUGGAAUGCUUCCAUCGGCGCACCGGGCAGAAGUGUGCCCUGAAGCUCCUGUAUGAUAGCCCCAAGGCCCGGCAGGAGGUGGACCACCACUGGCAGGCCUCAGGUGGCCCCCACAUUGUGCGCAUCAUGGACGUGUAUGAGAACAUGCAUCACGGCAAGCGCUGCCUCCUCAUCAUCAUGGAAUGCAUGGAAGGUGGUGAAUUGUUCAGCAGGAUUCAGGAGCGUGGUGACCAGGCAUUCACCGAGAGAGAGGCUGCAGGGAUAAUGCGGGACAUUGGCACUGCCAUCCAGUUCCUGCACAGCCAGAACAUUGCCCAUCGAGAUGUCAAGCCUGAAAACUUGCUCUACACUUCCAAGGAGAAAGAUGCUGUGCUUAAGCUCACUGACUUUGGCUUUGCCAAGGAGACCACCCAAAAUACCUUACAGACACCCUGCUACACUCCCUACUAUGUGGCCCCUGAGGUCCUCGGUCCAGAGAAAUAUGACAAGUCCUGUGACAUGUGGUCCUUGGGGGUCAUCAUGUACAUCCUCUUGUGUGGCUUUCCACCUUUCUAUUCCAACACGGGCCAGGCCAUCUCCCCAGGGAUGAAGAGGAGGAUCCGCCUGGGCCAGUAUGGCUUCCCCAAUCCUGAGUGGUCUGAGGUCUCUGAGAAUGCCAAGCAGCUGAUUCGGCUACUGCUGAAGACAGAUCCUACUGAGAGGCUGACCAUUAUGCAGUUCAUGAACCAUCCCUGGAUCAAUCAAUCAACGGUGGUUCCACAGACUCCUCUCCACACGGCACGAGUGCUGCAGGAGGACAAAGACCACUGGGAUGAAGUCAAGGAGGAGAUGACCAGUGCCCUGGCCACCAUGCGGGUAGACUAUGACCAGGUGAAGAUCAAAGACUUGAAGACCUCUAACAACCGGCUCCUUAACAAGCGGAGAAAGAAACAGGCAGGCAGCACCUCGACUUCACAGGGUUGCAACAACCAGUAGUCCAUGGGGCCUUGGAAGAGCAAGGCCUCUCAACCGGGGUGACAGACUGCAUUAUGCUGAGGCUAUACCAGAGGGCUCAGAGUCAUUCUUUGUUUGAUUUGUUUUGCUUUUUGAGACAGGGUCUCACUGUAAUGCAGGA